AUGGGACUCUCGAUAUCAAAAUACUUUUCCACUCUGAUAUGGGGCAAAAGGGAUAUACGAAUACUGAUCCUCGGACUCGAUAAUGCCGGCAAGACGACUCUACUAUACAGACUGAAGAUCGGUGAAGUGGUAACAACGACACCGACUAUUGGUUUCAAUGUAGAGUCGGUCCAAUAUGGCAAUUUGAAUUUCGAUGUCUGGGACCUCGGUGGACAGACAUCUAUCCGACCCUACUGGAGAUCAUACUAUGCCAACACAGCGGCCGUAAUAUUUGUGAUCGAUUCGACAGAUAUCGAACGAUUAGAGACUGCUGCCGACGAACUCAAAUCGAUGUUGAACGAGGAAGAACUCAAAGACGCAGCUCUACUAGUGUUUGCGAACAAGCAGGAUCAACCCGGAGCCCAAGGUGCCGGAGAGAUUUCAGAAGCCCUGAAGUUGGGCGAACUCAGAGAUCGGAACUGGAGUAUUGUUGCAUGUUCGGUCAUUGAUGGCAAGGGCAUCAAUGAAGGCAUGGAUUGGCUCUCUCAAACUGUACAGUCUGAAUCAUGA